GCAAUUCUUUAAAAAGUGGUCUAAGAUUAUGAACUUCUGCAACAUGUAAUGCCACUGGCAUACAGUAGAGGGCACAGGAGGGCAAACCUCACAGAAAAGCUUGAUGCAGUCACUCCUGCAGCCAAUUCUGGGUCUGCCAAUGAGUCAGACACACCUGCAGCUGGGAGGGAGCCGCUGCAAGCCUGAGGGAUCUGAAUGUAUCUUCCUCAUUCAUAUGAGGUGAUGUGUGAUAAAAUUCAUUUGAGGUGAAAACAGUGACAAAGUCCUCAGAAUUACAAUGAAACUUAUCAGAAGCAUUUACAUAUUUUGUGGUAUUGCCAUGUCAGUGCAUGGAAGGACUUCAGAGCUGCCAGAAGAAAGGGAAUUGACUACCAACUGCUCCAACAUGUCUUUAAGAAAGGUUCCCACAGACUUGACCCCAACCACAACCACACUGGAUUUAUCCUACAACCUCCUUUUUCAACUCCAGCAUUCAGAUUUUCAUUCUUUCUCAAAACUAAAAAUUUUGAUUCUGUGCCAUAACAGAAUCCAAGAGCUGGACAUCAAGACCUUUGAAUUCAACAAGGAGUUACAAUAUUUAGAUGUGUCUUACAAUAGACUGAAGACUGUAACUUGGUAUUCACUGGCAGGUCUCAGACAGUUGGAUCUGUCCUUCAAUGACUUUGACAGCAUGCCUAUCUCCGAGGAGACGGGCAACAUGUCACACCUGGAAAUCCUGGGUUUGAGUGCGGCCAAAAUACGAAAAUCAGAUUUCCAGAAAAUUGCUCAUUUGCAUCUAAAUACUGUCUUUUUAGGAUUGAGAACUCUUUCUCAUUAUGAAGAAGGUAGCCUGCCCAUCUUAAACACAACAAAACUUCACAUUGUUUUACCAAUUAACACAAAUUUCUGGGUUCUUUUGCGUGAUGGAAUCAAGACUUCAAAAAUAUUGGAAAUGACGAAUCUAGAUGGCAAAAGCCAAUUUGAAAGUCAUGAAACUCAACAAAACCUUAUUUUAGAGAAUGCCAAGACAUCCAUUCUGUUACUUAAUAAAGUUGAUUUACUCUGGGAUGACCUUCUCCUUAUCUUACAAUUUGUUUGGCACACAUCAGUAGAAUACUUCCAGAUCCAACACGUGAUUUUUGGAGGUAAGGUUUAUCUUGACCACAAUUCAUUUGACUACUCAAAUACUAUAAUGAGAACUAUAAACUUGGAGCAUGUACAUUUCAGGGUUUUUAAUAUCCCACAGGAGAGAGUCUACUUGCUUUUUACCAAAAUGGCUAUAGACAACCUGACAAUAUUAGAUGCACAAAUGCCUCACAUAUUGUUCCCUAGUUAUCCUACAAGAUUCCAAUACUUAAAUUUUGCUAGUAAUAUCUUUACAGAUGACGUGUUUAGAAAACCUGUCCAACUGCCUCAUUUGAAAACUCUCAUUUUGAAGGACAACAAAUUGGAGACACUUUCCUUAGUGAGUUGCUUUGUCAGAAACACAUCCUUGGAACACUUAGAUCUGAGCCAAAAUCUGUUACAAUAUGAAAAUGAUGAAAAGUGCUUGUGGCCAGAAACUUUGAUCACCAUGAACUUGUCAUUCAAUAAACUUGCUGAUUCCGUUUUCAGGUGCUUGCCCAGAAAUAUUCAAAUGCUUGACCUGAAUAAUAACAACAUUCACACUGUCCCUAAAGAAAUUAUUCAUCUGACAUCCUUACAAGAGUUAAAUCUUGCAUUUAACUUUCUAACUGAUCUUCCUGGGUGCAGUCAUUUCAGAAGACUCUCAGUUCUGAACAUUGAGAUGAACUUAAUCCUCAGCCCGUCGGUGGAUUUUUUUCAGAGUUGCCAGCAAGUUAAAACUUUAAACGCGGGAGGAAAUCCAUUCCGGUGUACUUGUGAAUUAAGAGAUUUCAUCCAGCUUGAAAAAUAUUCAGAGGGCAUGAUGGCUGGGUGGUCAGAUUCAUACAUCUGCGAAUACCCUUUGGAUCUAAAGGGGACUCAGCUAAAGGAUAUUCAUCUUUCUGAAUUAUCUUGCAACAUAGCUUUGUUGAUUGUCAUCAUAGUGGUUAUCAUGCUAGUUCUGGGGAUGGCUGUGGCCCUCUGCUGCCUCCGCUUUGAUCUGCCCUGGUAUCUCAGGAUGCUGGGUCAGUGGGCACGGACAUGGUACAGGGUUAGGAAAACAACCCAAGGACAACUCAAGAGAAAUAUUCAAUUCCACGUGUUUAUUUCAUACUGUGAACAUGAUUCGGCCUGGGUAAAGCAUGAAUUGAUUCCCAAUCUAGAGAAAGAAGAUGUCCUGAUUUGCUUUCAUGAGGGGAACUCUGAUCCUGGCAAGAGCAUUACUGAAGAUAUCAUAAACUGCAUGGAGAAAAGCUCUAAGUCCAUCUUUGUUUUGUCUCCCAAUUUCAUCCAGAGCGAGUGGUACCACUAUGAACUCUACUUUGGCCACCACAACCUCUUCCAUGAAGGGUCUGAUGACAUAAUUCUUAUCUUACUGGAACCCAUUCCACUCUACUGCAUUCCUACCAGGUAUCCUACACUGAAAGCUCUCAUGGAAAAGAAAGCAUACUUGGAAUGGCCCAAGGAUAGGCGUAAAUGUUGCCUUUUUUGGGCAAACCUUAGAGCUGCUAUUCAUGUUAAUCUAUUAGAAACCAGAGAGGUGUGUGAACUACAGACAUUCACAGAGCUGAAUGAAGAGUCUCGAGGUUCUGCAAUAUCUCUGAUAAAAACAGACUGCCUAUAAAGCCCCACCUAUGCCUAGGGAAAUCGAGGCCUGCCUAUACCAUUAGGAUAUAAAUGGAUACAACCUGAAUGAUGGCAACUUGGCAAAAUAUCUCUUAAAAUGCAAAACUGUCAUUCUUUCACAUCAGUUCCUUGAAGGAGUUUUAAGAAUGUAUCCUAUAGAAACACAAUUCGCAAAGAUUUAUGUAAAAAGGUGUUCAUCCUGGCAUUGUUUAUAAUCAUGAAAAAUUGAAAACAGUUCAAAUGACCACAAAAUAAAAGGUUGAUUUAAUAAA